AGAGGACAGAAAGCUGCAGAGUGUUACAUAAAAGUGCCACAGUCAUAGGCUAGGAAGGAUAGGAAGACUGUGUUUUUUUUUCUUUGAAACUUUUAGCUUUCUUGAAAACUCUGAAGUGAUGGACCAAGUAAAAGUGCAACUCUUCUUGCUGAUCAUCCUGGCAUUAGGCAUAACAGCCCCAAUGGCUGAGGGAUGUAGUUGUGUCCACUCACAUUUUCAAGAUCUUUUCUGCCAUUCCCAAAUAGUGAUCCGUGCUAAGAUAAUUGGACAGAAGAUUAUAUCUCCAAGCCACAACUUAUAUGGGGAAAAGCUGAUUGAGUACAAAAUUAAAUUGAUCAAGAUGUUCAAAGGCUUUGACAAAGUUGAUACUAUUCAGUACGUCUACACCUCAGUCCAAGAAUCUUUGUGCGGUGUUAAGCUGGACGCCAAAAACAGGGGUCAAUAUUUGCUUUCAGGCUAUUUGUGGCGUGAAGGAAAAGUCGUAGUCGAGCUAUGUGGCAUCGCUGAGCGUUGGGAUAAUCUUUUGUUGGCUCAGAAAAAGAACCUCAAGUACCGAUACCAAAAAGGAUGCGAGUGCAAAAUUUCCACCUGUUCCAGACCCCGCUGCCGUGCCAUUUCUGCAAAUGAAUGUGCGUGGUUUCCUUUCAGCAGCCAAACUCUCCAGGGUGUGUGCAUGAAACGGACCAAUGGCACAUGCAACUGGUACAUAGACAAGUCUGACUCACAUACACAGCACAAUGUUGGACAAAAUGGUAUGGGAGAGACUUCCAGUGUCGUACAGGUCAGAGAACCCAAACCCACAGAAACAUUGCAAUGAGCGUUGACUUCACACAAAUUAGGUUUAUAAGAUAAACUACAACCACUAAUCCCCACCACUCAUCCUGACCUUAACCAUUCACAACUUUUCAUACCUGGCCAUAAGGUGGAUUCUUAUAAAUUUGCCCAAUUGUGACACUGUCUCUGCAUUCAAGUAGAAUAUGAUAAUUGAUGCAACCGAAGUUUCAUAAAUGGCCCUUUGAAGCUCCAAGUCAACAUAACUAUAAACUUCAGGAGCAGAUAACAGAAGAACUUACCCAUAAGGCAUUGCCAUCUACACAGUUUCUUUACCUGUUUAUAGUCAGGUAAACAGCAGGAGAAAUAGAAUACUUCAGCUUUCAAAAAUAUAACUUUAUUUUGUAAGCUAGUUAUUAAGCUAACUAUUACGCUACUUCUAAAUGGCUAGAAUCCAGUGUAUACAUAAUACAAAGAGAAGAAACUGUAUGAAACAAGAAAUUAUUAUUAUUAAUUUUUCUUGAUAUCAAGCACAUUUCUGUUGAAAAAAAAAAUAAGCUGCCUGUUACACAGUCCUCCUCAAAGUUGCACAUGGACACUUGUGCGAUGAAGACAAUACAUAUAAGAUGUGUGAACUCUAUUUGAACACAAGGCAUGUGGCUUAGUACAGUAUACGUAUGCUCCAACCUGGCUAAUCAAAAAAAAAAAAAUGUAAGAAUGCAGCAAUUCUCGUAUUGCAGUGUCUCUUACCAAUCUAUGAAAUGAAAAGUUGCACUGUUGGAUUUGAACAAUUUUGCAAACUACCUACACUAAUUUCUACUUACAUAUAGUACAGUAUUGAAUUAUCACACCCUUCUACAGAAAGGGCAAAAAAUGACCCAUACAAAUAAUCAUUACUCACAAUUAUUUGAAUUUUCCACAGAUACUAUUUACUUAUAAACUAUUUACUAACAUAAAUCAUUCUCAUAUGAACCUUUUUUUUAUCUUAAACAUCUGAAAAAAAUAUACAUCAUGUAAAAUAAAUGUAAACAGAUUGUCAUCCUUAAUAUUCCAUCCCCCUCAAAAAAAUUGUGUUAAUACAUGAACAAAAAUAUACAUGCACACAUGCAUAUACAAAUACUCAUCAGUGUGUGUAAAAAAUACUUUUUUUUUUUUUUUUUUUACAUGUGUGGCAUGUGUUGUUCAUUUCAUAUAUUCAUAUUUGCUUAUUUUCAGUAAGAGUGCCAAUCAUUCUAGAUUCCAGAUUAUAGUCAGUGAAGAAUUUCAUCUAUAUAGCAUACUUGUUUCAGCUAUGAAUAUGUCUACAUAUUUAUAAAGGCUUUUGUCAUUUCUUAAUGCUGUGGGAAUGUGUUUGAAUGCUUAUACAAUUUAAGUGUGUAGAAUUCCAAUCUUACUUCUCAUUCAUUGGAAAGAUUUUUAAUCUAAACCUCAGAUUGUCUGAUUUUACUCAAAAUAAAAUGCUUAAUAUAACAACUACAGUAUAAAUCUUUUUUAAUAUAAGUGCUGAUACAGAUUUUUAAACUAAAAAAAAAAAAAAUCAAAAACAAACAAACAAACAACUUGUUUCUCCAACUCCCCCAACUCUGGUAGCUCAUUGCCAGGACUUUUUCUGUGUACACCCCUCUCGAUGUCUAUUGCACUGUAUACGUAUUACCUGUGUUACUACAGCACUGAUGCAUUUACACUUAUUAUUUCGCUUACUGUAGAAAAAGAAAUAUAUUCUAUUUUACUGUGCCAAGAAUGUGUAAUAUCUUAUUAAAAAUCAGCCUGAUUUGCGUCUGAUUUUCAAAGCA